CACUGCUGCACGGUAUGGAGGAAGAGAAGGCCCUGCAGCUGUACCUGGAACACUACAAGGACUACCUCACCAUGGGCCUGCAGCGAACGCUAGCGAGCAUCCCAGGCGUCUGCAACAUCCGUGUUGAGACGGGCCUGCCGGUGGACCGGCCGGCCAUCGCCGGGUGGGAGCAGAAGUACGCCGUGCAGAUGCCGGCCGACCUCAGGUCGUUCUACCUGGCCACGGACGGUCUGCGCGUCGCCUGGGACUACAGAGUGUCCCCGUCGGGGGACCGCUUCGAGAUCGGCCGAGCUGAGAUCCGUCCGCUGAGUCAGCUGACGCGGCUGGGCGGCGGCAGACACGGCGCGGACGACGCACUCACCCUGCUGGAGCCGGCCGCGUCGUCCUCGGACUCCGCGCCGCGUCUCGGCGGCCGGGCGCUCUUGUUCGAGCUGGACGGCUGCGGCGGACACGGCCUGGUCUGCCUGGUCUGCCAGCGCGAUAACUGA